AUGCUACGCCCACACCGUAGGCAGAAAUAUCUAAAUUGCAGUUAUGAUGACAAACGGCGGAUAUCAUGUAUAUCUUCUUGUAUACCUUCCAACGACUAUAAUUUAUGUCAAUUUGAUUUGAAGGAUAUAAAGCAAGCUAUAAUAGUUGAGCCUCAUCUAGCCUGUCCUUUUGUGCAGUUUGAUAAAACAGAGUAUGUGCACGUGAACGAUAUCACUACUAAAUCUGACAGUGCUAGCAUAACUUUGUUCUUUACAAACGCUAGAAUGAAUUUUUCUGGCAGAACUGAGCUAAACAUGGCGUCUAUUGAUGACAAUGGAACUUUGAGAAUCUGUCUGGAAUUGCUAAAUACUAAGAACAUAAUUAGGGGUGAUCUGGUUAACAAAAACCUGUUAAAUCUGGCUCUAUAUAUACUAACUUUAAUCUGUGUCAUUUCGUCAAUCAUUUGUCUGGCUAUCUCAUUAAUGACGUAUUUCCUGUUCCCGGUGCUGCGCAGUGUCGCUGGAAGGAACAACAUGUUCUUGUGUGGAAGCCUUUUACUGGCCCAAAUAUCUUUGCUGGCCACAUCUCAUGUCCAAAAAACUGGCCAUCUCUGUACUAUCUUGGCCAUCUGUACUCACUUUUUGUGGCUGUCAAUGUUCUGUUGGUGCUUUACUUGUUGUUUCCACAUGUUCUGUGUCUUUUCUGCCAAAACUCGAAGCAUUCAACCCACAUCAAAGUCAGAAAUGACAUACUUGAUUAAACAACUAGUUGUUUGUUCUGUAAUUCCUGUUCUAAUUGUUACCGGGGUUAUUGCAACAAAUUUGACAAUCUCUGGAGGACAGUUUCUUGGAUACGGAAACUCUACCUGCUUUAUAGACUCUCAAAUCACCCUCAUCAUUGCUCUGGUUGCCCCUCUGUGUCUGGUGCUGUUAUUCAACUUCAUAUUUUUCUCAAUCACUGUUUUCAAAAUCUAUCAAGUUCGUAAACUACAGACUCGGGAAUUCAGGAAAGAUGAUCACAAUAAUCUCUACAUUUACAUUAAACUGUCAUCCAUGACUGGCAUUUUCUGGGUCCUGUCUGUCAUUUCUGAAGCCACAGACAAUGAUCCUCUACGUUUUAUAUCUAUCGGGUUGAAUGGCUUACAGGGUGUGUUCAUCUUCUUGUCCUACAUCUGUAACAGGAGGGUGCUCAAGCUCUACCUGAAACUUCUUGGGCUAGAAACAAAUUUUCCCACAACAUCAACCUCAGAUAGAAGCACCAUCGCCAAAGCUGUAACAGGCACAGACUAA